CUGUACUGGCACUCUGACACACCCUCAGAAAGAGCACUGGGAGAACAGAAGACCUCACAAUUUAAUGCCUUGAUUUUUAAAAAAGAAUCCUUACACUCAUAUCUCCUAGCCAUCAGAUGAGGAAUGAGACAGCAAAAGUUCAAAUGGCCUGUUCCAAGUUUCUGAUAUAAAACAAUGACUUUUUCAGAAAAUCCUGGAUUUCCAGAGAGAGAGAGAGACUGGUUAAAUUUCUGAAAGAGGACACUGGCUAAAAGAAGGUAUUGCAUCUCACCCGAGCGGAUUGUGCCUGUGGAAAACGUAAGCCCCUUGCCAGAAGAGCAGCUUCCCAGCAAAGGCAGCAGGUGAAAACAGCAGAGGUCUUAAGACACUGGGGACCUGGAGUCAAAAGGGACCUCCUCCAGGUAAAACGCAGUGUGAGAAAUGGCCUCAUUCGGUAACUGCAAGUGACACAGCAGAAAGUUGUAUAUCCUCCGGCAAACUGAACCGGGACCAAGUCUGUUCUGCCUACAGCUCUGCUUCCUCAUAGCUGCUUUCCAGAACGUGACUUUGGCAAAUCAUCAAGAAAGGGGAACUAAUCUAAGGAAUCCGGAUCAAACAGCCUCAUGAAGACUUAUUUCAUGUUUCUAAUAUAAAGAGAGAAGUUUUCAGAAAAGCCCUGUUUCAGUUAUACAGAGCAUCAGAGCAGAGGUGGGCCUGCUGGGCUGCAGCUGGGAUUCUGAGCAGCCUUUCCUGGAGGAAGAAGUUGAAGCUUUAAUAUGAGUAAACAAGUAUCUCUACCUGAAAUUAUUAAAGACUGGACCAAAGAGCAUGUGAAAAAAUGGGUAACUGACGACCUUAAGAUUAAUGAGCAAUAUGGACAAAUUCUGCUCAGUGAAGAAGUGACAGGAUUAGUCCUGCAGGAAUUAACCGAGAAGGACCUUAUAGAAAUGGGGCUACCACGGGGUCCAGCACUUUUGAUAAAACGUUCGUAUAACAAAUUGAAUAGUAAGUCCCCUGAAAGUGACAAUCAUGAUCCUGGACAAUUAGAUCAUUCAAAACCGUCCAAAAGAGAACACCAAGAAGAUCCAAAACAGACCAAAAAGGAAGAAGAAAAUUCAACGUCAUCCAAUAUUGAUUAUGAUCCCAGAGAGGUCAGAGAUAUCAAAGAACGAGAAUCAAUUCUUGUGAAAGAAAAUGUGUUAGAAGAAGUAGCAAAUGCUAAAGACAAGAAAAAGGGUGAGCUAAAACCUGAACAAUUGACUUGUAUGCCAUAUCCUUUUGAUCAGUUCCAUGACAGCCAUCGCUACAUAGAACAUUAUACUCUACAACCUGAAACAGGAGCACUCAAUCUCAUUGAUCCAAUACAUGAGUUCAAAGCUCUCACAAACACAGAAACAGCCACAGAAGCGGACAUUAAGAUGAAAUUCAGCAAUGAAGUCUUCCGAUUUGCAUCAGCUUGUAUGAAUUCACGCACCAAUGGCACCAUCCAUUUUGGAGUCAAGGACAAACCCCAUGGAGAAAUUGUUGGUGUGAAAAUCACCAGUAAGGAUGCCUUCAUCGACCACUUCAAUCUAAUGAUCAAAAAGUAUUUUGAAGAAAGUGAGAUCAAUCAAGCCAAGAAGUGUAUUCGGGAGCCAAGGUUUGUGGAAGUCCUUCUGCAGAACAAUAUGCCAUCUGACAGAUUUGUCAUUGAAGUCGAUAUUAUUCCAAAAUACUCUAUAUGUAAAGAUAAGUAUUUCUACAUUCAGAUGCAAAUUUUUAAAGAUAAAAUAUGGAAACAAAACCAAAAUCCUUCACUGUUUGUAAGAGAAGGGGCUAGCUCUAGGGAUAUCCUGGCCAAUUCCAAGCAACGGGAUGUAGAUUUCAAAGCAUUUUUACAAAAUUUAAAGUCACUGGUGGCAUCUAGAAAAGAGGCUGAAGAAGAGUAUGGAAUGAAGACAAUGAAGAAGGAGAGUGAAGGACUAAAGCUGGUUAAACUUCUCAUAGGAAACCGAGACUCACUGGAUAAUUCAUACUAUGACUGGUACAUUCUUGUAACAAAUAAAUGCCAUCCGAACCAAAUAAAGCACUUAGAUUUUUUAAAGGAAAUUAAAUGGUUUGCUGUGUUGGAGUUUGAUCCUGAAUCUGUGAUCAAUGGAGUGGUCAAAGCUUACAAAGAAAGCCGAGUGGCAAACCUUCACUUUCCAAAUCAGUAUGAAGACAAGACAACUAACAUGAGGGAGAAGAUUUCUGCUCUUAAUCUUUACCAACAGCCCAGCUGGAUUUUCUGCAAUGGCAGAUCAGACCUGAAAAGCGAGAUAUAUAAACCUCUAGAACCACAUUUAUGGCAGAGAGAAAGAGCUUCAGAAGUCAGGAAACUAAUUUUAUUUCUCACAGAUGAAAAUAUAAUGACAAGAGGAAAAUUUUUGGUAGUGUUUCUAUUACUCUCUUCAGUGGAAAGUCCAGGAGAUCCACUCAUUGAAACUUUCUGGGCUUUCUAUCAAGCUCUCAAAGGAAUGGAAAAUAUGUUGUGUAUCUCUGUGAAUUCACAUAUUUAUCAACGAUGGAAAGAUCUACUACAAACAAGAAUGAAGAUGGAAGAUGAAUUAACAAACCACAGUAUUUCCACAUUAAAUAUAGAACUGGUAAACAGCACUAUCCUUAAACUAAAAUCGGUGACUCAGUCAUCAAGAAGGUUUUUGCCCGCCCGUGGAUCUUCUUCAGUUAUCCUAGAGAAAAAGAAAGAGGAUGUCUUGACUGCACUAGAAAUCCUCUGUGAAAAUGAGUGUGGAGACACAGACAUCGAGAAAGACGAAUCUAAAUUCCUGGAGUUUAAGAAAUCAAAAGAAGAACACUUUUAUCGAGGUGGCAAAGUAUCCUGGUGGAACUUCUAUUUUUCUUCUGAAAACUAUUCUUCAGAUUUUGUUAAAAGGGACAGUUAUGAAAAGCUUAAAGAUUUAAUACAGUGCUGGGCAGAGUCUCCUAAACCAAUAUUUGCAAAAAUCAUCAAUCUUUAUCAUCAUCCAGGCUGUGGGGGUACCACACUGGCUAUGCAUGUUCUCUGGGACUUAAAGAAAAACUUCAGAUGUGCUGUGUUAAAAAACAAAACAACUGGUUUUGCAGAAAUUGGAGAGCAAGUGAUCAAUCUGGUCACCUAUGAGGCAAAGAGCCAUCAGGAUUACAUUCCUGUGCUCCUCCUUGUGGAUGAUUUUGAAGAACAAGAAAAUGUCUACUUUCUACAAAAUGCCAUCCAUUCCGUUUUAGCAGAGAAGGAUUUGCGAUAUGAAAAAACAUUGGUAAUCAUCUUAAACUGCAUGAGAUCCCGGAAUCCAGAUGAAAGUGCAAAAUUGGCAGACAGUAUUGCACUAAAUUACCAACUUUCUUCCAAGGAACAAAGAGCUUUUGGGGCCAAACUGAAGGAAAUUGAAAAGCAGCACAAGAACUGUGAAAACUUUUAUUCCUUCAUGAUCAUGAAAAGCAAUUUUGAUGAAACAUAUAUAGAAAAUGUAGUCAGGAAUAUCCUAAAAGGACAGGAUGUUGACAGCAAGGAAGCACAACUCAUUUCCUUCCUGGCUUUACUCAACUCUUAUGUCACUGAUUCUACAAUUUCAGUUUCACAGUGUGAAAUAUUUUUGGGAAUCAUAUACACUAGUACACCCUGGGAACCUGAAAGCUUAGAAGACAAGAUGGGAACUUAUUCUACGCUUCUAAUAAAAACAGAAGUUGCAGAAUAUGGGAGAUACACAGGUGUGCGUGUCAUUCACCCUCUGAUUGCCCUGUACUGUCUAAAAGAACUGGAAAGAAGCUAUCACUUGGAUAAAUGUCAAAUUGCAUUGAAUAUAUUAGACGAGAAUUUAUUCUAUGAUUCUGGAAUAGGAAGAGACAAAUUUCAACAUGAUGUUCAAACUCUUCUGCUUAUAAGACAGCGCAAGGAAUAUGGAGAUGAAACAGACACUUUGUUUUCCCCAUUAAUGGAAGCUUUACAGAAUAAAGACAUUGAAAAGGUCUUGAGUGCAGGAAGCAGACGAUUCCCACAAAAUGCAUUCAUUUGUCAAGCCUUAGCAAGACAUUUCUACAUCAAAGAGAAGGACUUUAACACGGCUCUGGACUGGGCACGUCAGGCCAAAAUGAAAGCACCUAAAAAUUCCUAUAUUUCAGAUACCCUUGGUCAAGUCUACAAAAGCGAAAUCAAAUGGUGGUUGGAUGGGAACAAAAACUGUAGGAGCAUUACUGUUAAUGACCUAACACAUCUCCUAGAAGCUGCCGAAAAAGCCUCAAGAGCUUUCAAAGAAUCCCAAAGGCAAACUGAUAGUAAAAACUAUGAAACCGAGGAAUGGUCACCACAGAAGUCCCAGAGACGAUAUGACAUGUAUAAUACAGCUUGUUUCUUGGGUGAAAUAGAAGUUGGUCUUUACACUAUCCAGAUUCUUCAGCUCACUCCCUUUUUCCACAAAGAAAAUGAAUUAUCCAUAAAAACUAUGGUGCAAUUUUUAUCAGGAAAAUGGACCAUUCCUCCUGAUCCCAGAAACGAAUAUUAUUUGGCUCUUAGCAAGUUCACAUCCCACCUAAAAACUUUACAAUCAGAUCUGAAAAGGUGCUUUGACUUUUUUAUUGAUUAUAUGGUUCUUCUGAAAAUGAGGUAUACCCAAAAAGAAAUCGUGGAAAUCACGUUAAGCAAGAAAGUCAGUCGUUGUUUCAGGAAAUACACAGAACUUUUCUGUCAUUUGGAUCCAUGUCUAUUACAAAGUAAAGAGAGUCAAUUAUUCCAGGAGGAGAAUUGCAGGAAAAAGCUAGAAGCUCUGAGAGCAGAUAGGUUUGCUGGACUCUUGGAAUAUCUUAAUCCAAACUUCAAAAAUGCUGCAACCACCAUGGAAAUUAUAGUGGAUGAAUAUGCCUUCCUGCUGAAGCAAAACUCAAAUAAGCGCAUGACAAAUGAGAAACAAAAUUCCAUUUUGGCCAACAUUAUUCUCAGUUGUCUAAAGCCCAGUUCCAGAUUCAUUCAACCACUUACCAUGCUAAAAAAGCAACUCCGAGAGGUCUUGCAAUUUGUAGGACUAAGUCAUCAAUAUCCAGACCCUUAUUUCUUGGCCUGCCUCCUGUUCUGGCCAGAAAAUCAAGAGCUAGAUCAAGAUUCCAAACUAAUAGAAAAGUAUGUUUCAUCCUUAAAUAGAUCCUUCAGGGGACAGUACAAGCGCAUGUGCAGGUCCAAGCAGGCAAGCACACUUUUCUAUCUGGGCAAAAGGAGGGGUCUCAACAGUAUUGUUCACAAGGCCGAAAUAGAGCAGUACUUUGAUAAAGUACAAAAUACAAAUUCCCUCUGGCACAGUGGGGAUGUGUGGAAAAAAAAUGAAGUCAAACACCUCCUGUGUCGUCUAAUUGGUCAGGCUGAAGGCAAGCUAAUCUCUAUAGAAUACGGAACAGAGGAAAAAAUUAAAAUACCGGUAAUAUCUGUUUAUUCAGGUCCACUCAGAAGUGGUAGGAACAUAGAAAGAGUGUCUUUCUACCUAGGAUUUUCCAUUGAAGGCCCUCUGGCAUAUGAUAUAGAAGUAAUUUAAGAAAAUACAUCAACUGUAGUUCAAAUACAUUUAUUUAUAUCUUUAUGAUUUUAUUUCCUCUCUCUAUUCUCAUGGCAUUUUCAUGACAUUAUUGGCUAACCUCUAAUCAUAGAUUUUGCUUUUGCUUCCCUGAAAGAAUUGUAAGCCUUUUUAAGAUAUGAAAUAUGCCUGCACACAGAGCUUGGCACACAGUCAAUCAUUUAAUGUUUUAAAUAUGCAUUUUCAGACUCAAAUAAUGAAGAAGUUUCAUUGGUAUCCACUGGUCAUAUCAUAACUGGUUAUAGGGCAAUAAAAUCUGUGUUAAAUUCAA